AUGUCGUUCCCUUCUGAUCAGUCUCAAGCCUCCAUGGACACGGCUCUCUCGUCGCUUCAGAGCAGUCCUACCCAACCGGAAUUCCCCAGGGGUCGAGUGCCAGGAAAGAAGAAGAGCAACAAGAGAAAUCUUCUGUUGUUCUUCGAUGGCACUGGCAACGAGUUUAGUGGAACUGAGAAGGACACUAACGUGGUCAAACUUCUGAGCAUGUUGGAUCGCAAUCAUGAAGAUCAAUUCCACUACUAUCAAACUGGUAUCGGUACUUACCAGGUUAACGAGCGAUCUGUACACAAAGGACCCGCAGGAAAGCUGUGGGAAAAGUUCUACUCCUCUGUUGAUCAAGGAGUUGGUUUGACCUUCGACGCCCACAUCAUGGCUGGUUACAGAUUCUUGAUGCGUUACUACGAGACUGGGGAUGACAUUUACAUGUUUGGAUUCAGUCGCGGCGCCUACACGGCCAAGUUCCUCGCACGCAUGGUCAACACCGUUGGGCUGCUUUGCAGGGGGAACGAGGAGAUGGUGCCAUUCGCAUAUCGCCUUUACGAUCGCCACCUCGAUGGUGAAUUUCUCUGCAAAGACAACAAGAAGACCAAGAAGAAGAAGGAACUAGAAAAGCGCAAGAGCAACGGCGCAGUCGUGGAGCACAACCCUGGCCAUGACAGCAAUGACCAGUGCCAUUCCAAGGAAGAGAAGCAGGAGGCUCAAGAUGAGGAACAGCGCGUAAAACGCAACCACGUUUUACGUAAGUUUAGCAACUCCUUCUGUCGCAAAGAGGAGAACCGCGAUACCGACAGGAAGAAGCAAAAGUUGGUCAACGUCAAGGUCCACUUUCUUGGUCUUUGGGACUGUGUCAACUCUGUGAGCGUCAUGGAGCAGAAAGCCACCAAGAACGUCAAGGUGAAGGGAACCGCAGACAUCAUUCGCCAUGCUGUCGCCGUUGACGAGCGCCGAGUCAAGUUCAAGGCAGCCCUGUUCCAGCAGGACAAGGACAAGCUGAAGAAACACGCCCACGAGGACAUCAAGGAGGUUUGGUUUCCAGGAAAUCACUGCGACGUUGGUGGAGGAUAUCAUCCAGUUGACGACCUUCCCCAGAAGACCGGCGUCUUUACGUGGAUGUGGAACAAGAUGUUUGGAGAACAGAAAAAGCCGGCAAAACUCACGGGGCCAGAUUGCUACGUGUGUGACGAUUGUGGCCUGUGCAAGGACAAGCAUUGCCAUUUGUGCAAUGAGCACCAGGGAUGUGUGUUCAAGGAAUGCUCAUUGUGCAAGGAAGACCUGAUCUGCAGGGAUUCUACUCAUACGAACAAAAAGCAGAUCACGUUUGAGCCGUGCCAAUUGAGCGACAUUCCCCUUGCUUGGAUGCUGCGAGAGCUUGAGCUUAAGGCUCCCAAUAUCCAUUGGCAGACGGAGCAAGUUAGCGAGUUCAAGCAUCGGUUGGAGCACAACAAACCAACUGCCAUCAGUGGCGCCGUUCAUGACACAUUGAAGUUUGGAUAUGGUACUAGCAACCCCUUGAUGGUUAUGUUCUGGAACUUCCUGGAACGUUUCCCUUUGAUCACAAGGUGGGAGCGUUAUCACACAGGCGUCGACAAAAACGGCAAGAAUACAUACGAGUGGAAGUGGGUCAGACUCCCUCUUAACAAAGGCUGCACGAGAGACAUUCCAGACGACGCAACCCUUCACCACACUCUUUUCGACAAGCUCGUCAACGACCCUGAUUACAUCCCUAAGAACCAGCAUGCAGGCGGCAUGGAACAAUGCUUGAUCAAGCCCUACGCCGACAAGUCCAACGCCGACAAACUGUACGUCAAGGACAUUGCUGAUCACCCUGACCACUGCACGUACCAAUUCAUGAACGCGGAUAAGACCAAUGGCAAGGGACACCCACACCAACACGAGGUUGAGCUUCUUGGAGCGUAA